AUGGCUUCCGCAAUGGAGGUCGCAGCCCUCGUGGCGGAAAUGAGCGACACCCUCUCAGCCAUCCGUUCCACCAUCGACGCUCUCUCCACCACAGACCACCACUCCCGCCUCGACCAGCUCGAACACCAACGGGACAGCACGCUAGCGGCCCUUCGUGCUAAUUUCGAGCGCGAAGGGGACGACCUCUCUGCCAAGCGCCGCAAAGCGCGCGAUGAAAUCGCCGAGCGUCGAAGAAGAGAAGACGAAGAGAUACUUGCCCGCCGGGCUAGGGAAGACGAGGAGCUCGCAGCCAAAGAUGAGCGGGAAGAUGAGGAGAGGCAGAGGAGGUUCGCCAGCGAGACUGACGAUGUUGAGGACGAGAUGGACGGGUUGAUGGAGAUUGUGGAGGUGGAGGCGCAGGCCGCUUUGGAUGAGGGGAGGGAUAAGCUUGCGCGGUUGGAGGAGAGGCGAAGGGAGCUGAACCGCUUGAUUGACGAGCAACUCAAAGUCCCGUUGCCGUCCGUCCCUACCAGACGCCGUUCGCGAACGAACAGGACGAUGGAAACGGCCAUCACUAGUAAGCCGCCGGAGACAACCCAGGCCUCAUUGGGAGAGCCAGUCAAUAACAGUGUGAAGGCUACUAAUGAGGAGCCCGAGUCACGCCCCAUUCGGGUCGUCUCGGCCGAGGCGGAGAGGAAUGGGGCUGUCGCGGAACCUCCUCAGCUGGCUGAGAGAGGGAGAGGAGAGUCCGAGCCUCGGGAACUGGCGAAAGAGGUUGAUCCGAGUGAUUCUCCGGCGGAGCACAAGGGCAAUAGAAGGAGCGCGUUUGGUUGGUUUGCGGGGAAGAUUGGGCUUGGUGAUCGUGGAGAGACUCCUCCUCUCCAGUCUGAUGUUAUUGCGAGGUCGUUCCCGGAGGUAUCCCGGCAUAUGGCCACACCGGAGUCAGCUUUUAUCCAGAAGGAACCGAUUCAGACAAUGGUUCCAACAUCUCAGCCAAUGGCCGGGCUGCCUCCAGAAGAAGCCGCACCGGCGGAGCAGGCAUUUGAAGAGCACCUUGCUCGAGACUCAGGACCAAUUCCAGUGGACGGGCCAGGCUCCCCGACUCGCUCAGCGGCUGUGGAAGAGCAAGUUCAGCUUCCAGAAAACGAACCCACACCUACAGAAGCUCCGUUGGUAGAACAAACUCUUGAAAUAGGGCAGGAGGAGAUUGGACUGGCGCUCACUUCUGACGGGAGGCUCGAGACACCCAUUCGCGCCGAAACCAAUGUUGAUGCUGAACCGGAGGUCAACGUCCACGAGUCGAUGGGCAACUACGCCAUCUCUGUAUCGGGGUCUUCCUCGAUUUCCUCGGAGAGGCACAGCCUAAAUUACGAAGAAGCGGCUGCCGAGACACCCCUCCCAUCUCCAAAGAUCGCCGCGCCCCGCCCCGAUAUUGUUCAAGGCGAUGAGGAAUUGAUCGAGAGGGCCUAUGCGCCUCGGGAACACCACAUUGGGAUGAAUCACGAAUACGACUCUCAGCUCUCACCCCUGGAUGAACCUAGUAUGGUGGAGAACGUGCCUGUUGGACAGCAGUUUGUUCGAGCCGAGGGGUUGGAAUCUUUUGAGGAACACGAGGACAACCUUGCCGUGCACCAGGAAUAUUAUCAUCCUCAUGUCGAAGAACAAGCGCCGUACUAUGCUGGGCAGACUCUGGGGCAAGCGCCCAUCCAGGUAGUUCAUGAAACCCCCAGACUGGACGCCGAAGAUUACCAUGUGGAGGAAUACCUUGAACCCCAGUCACCCCCUUUCGACCUCCGAGUGCCCGAUGAGGACUCGAUCCCGCUCUCUCCAGUUACUUACUUCGAUGCGCCUCCUUCAAACAAAGAAGGUUUGUCCAACGGGUAUCAAUACACGAAUUCGCUUGCCCAGUCUGAGCGUGGCUUUAACUACAAGGGGAUAAUACCUCAAGAUGUUGAGCCUUCAGUGGUGAGACAACCAUCGCAAAUGACGCCGACAUUGGUUGAACAGGCUGAGAACAUUCCAGAUGCCCAAGUCGCUAUCGUUCACGACGGGAUGGAGCCUGAAAACUAUCCUGAGCCUGAGGUACCUCCUCAUUCCGCCAGGGAAGUAGAAUUAUUCCACAAUGGGGAGUAUGAUCAGAGCGUUCACCACGCCGAGUAUGAAGAAGAUCAAUAUCCCCAUAUUGCGCCUGUAGAGGCGACAUCCAUGGACGCCCACUCGCUUGUGAAAGCGGAAGUAGAAUUCGAGCAUCCUGUGGCGAAUGAAGUGGCUUACGGGGCGCAAGACACCGCAAUGCACGAGCCAGCACUCCCAAUUGCUCGCGUUGUCGAUGAGGCAGGCGAACCUCACGCGCCAGGACACAAUGGCCAUAUUGACGAUCAUGACUCCUGCGACGAGACUCCAGUGCUUCUUGAGGGUAGCCCCAACCAACACGUCGAGUCAUUCAAUGUUGACGUUUCUGACUACAAGAUGGACUAUGGACUCGCACUGGAUAAUGUACAGCUUCCCAAUGGGACAUGGUCUGUUGGUCCAAUUAAUGAGACGGUAUAUCAGUCAAUGGCUGUUGAAUAUCUCGCACCUAUCACAUACCUCCGUGAGACCAUUGAGGGGCCUAAAGACUUCACAGCUGAGAUUCUCUCAACUGAAGAAACUCGAGAGGUCCCUGCUCUUCCCAGCCCGCACGUCGAAAGGGAGGUUAGCCACGAAGAACCUGGGAGUGAACGCGUCAUAUCUGAGACCGAAGAGAAUUCGGAAGUCUCCACUCUUCCUGCUCUGUCUUACGAACAGCCGGUUGGGGUAGGCCAAUUUGAGGAAUACCGUUAUGAUAUUGAGGACUCGGAAACAGGGCAUGGCCAAGAAGAGCUCCCCAGCGCGGCUUCCAUGAUGAAGGGGAAGGGCACUAUGCUUGGCGGGCCUAGCUAUGCAGUUGGUACUCGUGAGUCUGAGCUAGACCGUGAGGUUCUUGCAAAUUCUACUUCUGCUGAGAAAUUUUACGAAGACCCGGAGGUCGAAGUCAGAUCUUCUAUACUUCCGGAAGAGACGGAAGGUUUUGCACACCCCCUUGCCUACGCAGAACAGGGACCUGUAGCCCACGACGCCGAGGAACACUCCGCAGGCGUCGAGGUCUCGGAAGUUGACGAAACUCGCCAAGUGUCUCCACUACCUAGUCCAAUCACCGAAGAGGAAAUUGUGGUCGGCGGAGGAAGUCAUUUCGGAGACACCAUUGAACUUCAGGAAGAGGGUCGCUCCAUCUCCCAUGAUCCCCCUGCCGAGAAGGGACUAUUGGAAGAAGCUGAGGACGGGCUCUCACAUUCCGAGAUUGAGCGCUCCCAAGAGCCUGCUGUAGUCCUCCCCGACUCUCAAGAAAGCGCGGUUCUACAAGGUGAACCGCAGCAGGACGAAUCUGCUAACGUUGAAUACGUGAACCUUGCCCACGAAGUGCAGCCUGUAGCAGCGCAACUUCCUAACGGGACAUGGGCCAUUGAUCCUAGUGAAUCAGAUCAAGAGAUCGUCCUAGCGCGGUUCAGAGAGACUUUUGCGAGAUUUAGGAAAGCGGUCGCUCCUUCUAUUGAACGGCGAUUCUCCCAGCCGCCCGCACCGCAGGCUCUGGAAGACUUGGCCACUCUUGGGACCUCUAUCCCGAAUAUCGCCGUAGAACAGCAGCCCGUUGCAGCCCAACUUGCGAAUGGUUCCUGGGUCAUGGACCCUGCAGAGGAUGAGUAUGAUAUGUCGUUUGCCGUUGCGAAUGCUGCGGCUGCGAUGCAUGAAGAACAGGACGCGGCACUCGUGGAUGAGGCUGCAGAAGGCGAUGUCCAUCGGGACUUCUCAGAAAACAGUUCAUCGGCCCAUGAAACCCCUGGCCUGGAAUCUCCGGCUUCAAUCACUAAGACUCCAUCUACUGAGCAAGUUGCUACUCCCGACAAGGUCGAGCUAGCUUCUCAGCCAGCCGUUGCUGAUGGGUAUGAGUAUCAUCAAAUGCAACCGGAGCCAGAGUAUGGGGAGGUGGAACCGGUGGUUGAGAAGGCGCCAACGCUUCCGAUGUCUCCUUUCCACAGCGACCCGGCGACGAUCCCCGACGUGGCUCCGGCAGAGAACCAGUACUAUGAAACCUACGACAGAAGACUCUACGAGCCUGCCCAGCCUCAGCUAAUGGCCCCGGCAGUCAUCAUGGAGGACCAGGGAUCUGCCUAUCAUAGCUAUUAUGGCGAAGUAUACCACGACACGCAGGGUUCACACUCUUACAGCGACAACCUCGCUGUUGCUGGCGAAGUUACGACGGAUACGGAAUCCCAAGCCUUCGUGACUCCGAUGCAAUCAGCUGGAAUUCACACUCCAUCCCAAUUCCAGGAGCAUCCCGACAAUUUCCAUAGCCCGGACGAGUAUGCCUACACAGAAGAAGUUGCUGCCACGGUCCAUGGCCAAGACGAACUCUUCGAUUCGGACGACGAAUCAGAAUAUCAGUCCCAGACCGGCUACGAGGAAGACGAAAACCGCCAUGCUACCCAAUUAAGUCUCCCUCCCCAGUCAUCAAAUUAUGAUGCCUACUCCACAGAACCCACCGUCACGCCAACCGCCGCCGUACUGGAUGCUGAACUCCAGAGCUAUGAGGAAAUGCGUCCGGUAGAGUACACGCCAGAGAAUUCCACUUCAAUGGACAGCCUGGUCGAAGAUAACAGCGACAUCAGCCCCAUGUCACUCCGCGAGGCGGCUCCUGCUCCUGCCUCCUCUUCUCUCUCCCGAGGCUUGGCAUUUAGCAGGCACAAUCCCGAAAGGCCCGUGACGCCACCAGGACAGAUGGGACGUCCCGAUAACUACGGCGUAAAUACCCCGGACGUACCAUGGGAUGCGUCCGGUCAGAUUGAUUCCACACCAAUGUCUCUUGUGAGUCAGAGCACAAUCUCCACAGCCUCGGAAUCUCCCAUACACGCAGCGCUGCCAAUUGACAACCACGAGCCCGUGAUUCGAGAUUCCUGGCCCGCGCCCAUGGGACAGUUCGGUGACAGACACGACGCGCACGUUCCGUCUCCCUUGCAAUACCACGACACCCCGAAGUCGUUCUCCGAGGAGAACCUUCCCACGCCGAUCGCCACUCAAAUGCCCCAUAACGUACUCGCUCGAAACUCUCCCACCGCUUCACCGUCGCCACCCAGCAGUCUCAUUCAGAAAAUGAGAAGCAUCUUCGAGACUCCUUCCGGGGGCAGUGGGGUUGAUUCUGCAGCCUCUAGCCCUUCCCGUUCUCGGCCGUCGUCGGGAAUCUUCAACAUGCCACUACGGAGAGCCAGGACUGCCGGCCCAGUUAGUCCGGGAUACGACAUACCAGGAGAGCCUCGGAAAGGAGGGUUUCUAAAUGAAGCCGAAGACGAGAUUGACGAACGGAGCGCGCUGUUACGGACUGCCACUGGCGGACUGGACGAGAACUGA